GUGUCGAUAAGAGCGAGAAAGAUAAAGAGAGAGAUUGAUGGAGAGAGUGGGAGAGUGAACAGAUCUAUGUAAUCAGGGUGUCAGAAAAAAAAGUGCAGGGACAUUUUCAGCCUGCUAAGGCUGGGAAAAUAAUCACAUAGGAUCUGCAAAGCAACACUCACUAGGGCAGAGAGAGAAACAGAGAGAAGAGAGAGAGAGGGACGAAACUGAACAGAGAGAGUCGGUGACAGUGAGAGAGACAGAGAGCGAGAGAGAGACAGAGAGAGAGGAAGCUAUAUAGCAACAGAGCAAAGGAGAGGAACUAAGCAAAAGGGAGAGAGAGGAAAAAAGCUUAAUUAAUUCAGGCUGAAUGGGAGGGAGGGAUGUUGCUACCUCUGCCGGGGCUCCAGUGCCUUUGCUGUGCCUCUCUGUGUAGCUGGAGCUGUGUUGUGUAGCUGUGGCUCUGCUCUUUGUAGCUGUAGCUGCCGGUUUGUGUUGUGAGUGGCUCGCUGCUCUGCUCACGGGGGAAGGGAGAGCAACCCAUGCCCCGGGCAGCUUGGAACGGACUGCCUAUCAACCUAUACUGAAGGAAGGAACACACACACAGACAGCAAAACUGCUGGGAUGGGCAGAGGUCAUUAUAGGUCAUUGGUGCAGCAGACCUGCUAAGGGACCCUGUGUGGACUGACUGUGGGCUGUGGACAUAUCACUUCCUACCAGAGAUGAGGGGAACAGCUUGAGUCUGACGUCAGAGAGCGGGAAAGACCUAGAGACCUGCCUCUAGCUGGACCUCCAUAUCACAUACUGCCCGUCCUUAUCCCCCUUCCCCCACCCCACCAUCUCUGGCAUCUGUUUCUACCACCACCCCCACUCACUGGGAAGGAUUUGGGAUGACAGUUAACCUCCUCAGCUCUACCUCACUCCUCUUCACCACCCAGGGAUAACCAGCACUAGAACCUCUGUACCCUGAGAGGCACACUACCAUCCUCCCUCACCUCCCCCAGCUGGCAUCAUGAUGGGAGAUGGAGUUGGGAACUGGGAGUGUCUGAGUCCAUCUGAGUUUGGACAGCUGCAGCAGUACAGCGAGUAUUCCACCAAGAAGCUCAAGGAUGUUCUGGAGGAGUUUCACGGUGAAGGAGUCCUCUCCAAGUACAAUCCUGAGCAGAAGCAAGACGUUCUCAACCAACCCAUAGACUAUGAGGGUUUCCAGCUCUUUAUGACCACAUACCUGGAGAACGACAUCCCUGAGGAGCUGUGUCAGCACCUGUUCACCUCCUUCAAGAGCAAGACAGGGGGCUGCUCUCCUGAGGUGCCCCGCGCUGGAGCAGGACUGCUGGAGCCACGUUCCAUUGAUGCAGGCAUCUCUAUACAGACUGAAGUGGCCUGUGCCCCCAUAACAGGAAUGAAUGGGAAGAGCAUCCUGACAGCAAUGGGCCGGCACACACCAGAGCAUUCCAUUGUGAUGGCCACAUGUUCAGGUGCCGUGUCUACCUCUCCCUGCUCCUCCCGUUCCUCCUCACAGCACUCUGGGACAGGGGCCCACACACCCGGGGGUUCCUACCACUCACCUGCCUGCACCCAAGCCAAACUCUCCACAGGUAGCAGUAGUAAUGCUCUGACCCCCACCCCAGCCAAGUCCCCAGCCUCCCCUCGCCUCUCCCCAGAGAGGAUCAGAGCGGAGAAGAGGAGGAGUCCAUCACCCCAGAAGGGCUCCCCUUUACUCUCCCCCCAGGUGGUGUUUCUGAAGGACAUUGUGUGUUACCUGUCCCUGCUGGAGAGGGGCACACCAGAGGACAAGUUGGAAUUCAUGUUCCGGCUGUACGACACAGAUGGCAAUGGAGUACUGGACAGCUCGGAACUGGACCGCAUCAUCAAUCAGAUGGUCCACGUGGCAGAGUACCUGGAAUGGGACUCUACAGAGCUGCGACCAAUCCUGAAGGAGAUGAUGGAAGAGAUAGACUAUGACCGGGACGGAACGGUCACCUUGGAGGAGUGGAUCAGGGGAGGCCUCACCACCAUCCCUCUGCUGGUCCUGCUGGGCAUGGAGACGAAUGUGCAGGAGGAUGGGCAGCAUGUGUGGAAAUUAAAGCACUUCAACAAGCCAGCCUACUGUAACUACUGCCACACCAUGCUGCUGGGAGUCCGCAAGCAGGGCCUCUGCUGCUCUAUAUGCAAGUACACAGUCCAUGAACGCUGUGUGUCCAAAGACAUCGCUGCCUGCAUCAGCACCUACGCCAAGUCCCGCAGACACACUAAUGCUAUGCAGCACGUGUGGAUGGAGGGAAACUCUCCCACUAAGUGCGACCGCUGUCACAGAAGUAUCAAGUGCUACCAGGGCUUAACGGGCCUACACUGUGUGUGGUGUCAGAUCACUCUCCAUAAUAAGUGUGCGUCCAACAUGAAACCAGAGUGUGAUGGAGGAGCCCUUAGAGACCACACUCUACUCCCAUCCUACAUCUGCCCUGUAGUCCUGGACCGUCAUUCUGUUGUGAAGCGGGGUGAAGGGGACUCCCCGCCCAGCACCAGCCCUGACGACCCGAGUCAGAGCUUCAAAUUCACAGGAGACGGACAAGCACUGCAGAUCACUCCUCUCCCAGGCACACAUCCCCUCCUGGUCCUGGUCAACCCAAAGAGUGGCGGGAGACAAGGGGAGCGGGUAUUGAGAAAGUUCCAGUACCUGCUGAACCCCAGACAGGUGUACAGUCUAGACCGAGAGGGACCCAUGGUGGGGCUCAACUUCUUCCAUGAUGUCCCUGAUUUCCGGGUGCUGGCAUGUGGAGGGGAUGGGACAGUGGGAUGGAUCUUAGACUGUAUUGACAAGGCCAACUUCACCAGAGAUCCCCCUGUGGCCAUUCUCCCUCUGGGCACAGGGAACGACCUGGCAAGAUGCCUACGCUGGGGCGGAGGUUAUGAAGGAGGCAGUCUUCUGAAGUUCCUGCGGGACAUAGAGCACAGCACAGAGAUGGUUCUGGACCGAUGGAACAUCGACAUCGUCCCUGUUGACAAGGAGGAGAAGGGAGACCCUGUCCCCAACAGCAUCGUCAACAACUACUUCUCCAUCGGAGUGGAUGCCUCCAUCGCUCAUCGCUUCCACUUGAUGAGAGAGAAGCACCCAGAGAAAUUCAACAGCAGAAUGAAGAACAAGUUGUGGUACUUUGAGUUUGGCACCACAGAGACCAUCUCCGCCACUUGCAAGAAACUCAACGAGUGUAUCGAAGUGGAGUGUGAUGGUAUCAUCCUGGACCUCAGCAGCACGUCGUUGGAAGGCAUCGCCGUCCUCAACAUACCCAGCAUGCAUGGCGGCUCCAACCUGUGGGGUGAGACCAAGAAGAGGAGGAACUACAGCCGCAUGAGCAAGAAGGUUCCAGACAGGAUGCCCGCCAGUACCGUCACCGAUAUAAAGGAGCUCAAAUUCUGUGUUCAGGACCUGAGCGACCAGUUGCUAGAGGUGGUGGGUCUGGAGGGCGCCAUGGAGAUGGGGAAGAUCUACUCAGGCCUGAAGAGUGCUGGCCGCAGACUGGCCCAAUGUGCUAACGUCACCAUCAGGACAUCCCGGCUGCUGCCCAUGCAGAUCGAUGGGGAGCCUUGGAUGCAGCCCCCAUGCACGAUCAAGAUCACACAUAAGAACCAGGUCCCCAUGCUACUGGGCCCUCCUCAGAAGACCCCCUUCUUGUUCUUCAAGAGACGCAACAGAAGUCGGGACUAUGAGUGAGGAGGACACUUCAAACUCCCCCCUCUUCACAAACACAUUCACCAACCCCUCGGGACAACUCAAUAGGUCCCACAGACCAAGGCAUUGCCCCUUGGACCUACAGUACCACUUCAGAAUGAACUGACUUCCUCUCAGUGUAAUGACCACUUCCUGUGUAUCCAUGUUCUAGCUUCUAGAACUUCCUGUGAACUCUGAACUCUGACCCUGCCACUGGCACACUAGCUCAGUCAACCUCAGCUCCAGACUCAGCUUCAGCCCCAGACCCAUCAGUAAUGCCACACUGCCUUGGCAAAACACAGUGCCAGCAGCAUAUAGGUUCAUCUAGGAUACUGCCUUGGAUCUCAAAUGGAGGGAUAGAGAGAUGGAGUGAUAAGGAAACACAUAAAGAGAGAGAGAGACAAAGAGAGAAGCAGCAGAAGGGGAAUGGGAAGAGAAGAGUAGAAGAAAAGAAAGAGCGAGAGCAAGGGAUGGGAUGAUUGACAUACAGCAGAUGAAAGUAGUAUGGCUGUGUUGUGUGUGUGCGUGCGUGCGUGUGUGUGCGUGUGUGUGUGUGCACGUGUGUGUAUGUGCGUGCGUGUGUGCAAGUUCUCUCUCUCUUUGAGGAGCCUGUUGAAUAAUGGAUCAGAGCUUGUAGAGUAUUCACUCCAGUGUCUCUCCACGGCACAGAACACUGCACUGCCUGAGAGAUGAAACGGAAAGAGAUCAUCUAUUAUUGACUGCUUCGUUUACGCUUGACGGUGGCAGCAGGGCAAAACA